AUGGAUGAUAUAUAAGUGAAAGUUUUUAUCCCAGAAAAAUCUAAAGCAGUAACCCCAAAAAGAGAUCGCAAAUUAGAACAUCAACAAAGGAAACUCAAACAAGAACAGAAGAAAUAAAAAUAUUUUGACAAAAUCCAUUCAAACAGACAAACUGAAUAAUAGCCACAACAUUAAAUCGAAAACAACGAAGUCCAAUAAAUCAACUAAACAAAUGACCACAAACAAUCACAAAGAAAACCAAGAGUGCCCAUGAAAUAAUUGGUUAUCCAUUAGAAACCACAAAGUGUUACUUUACCAUCAAUUAAUGUUGAACAAGAGGGCGAAGUCUUUACUGAAUAAUAUUUUGAAGAUCUCCAAAUUCACCCCAAUGUCAAAUUGGGAUUGAAAUCAAGUGAAUACAUCAAAAUGACCAAAAUCCAAUAACUAGCCAUUCCUAUCGUAGACACAAAAGCCAACACAUUCAUCAAAUCUGAAACAGGGUCAGGUAAGACACUUGCUUAUAUGGUACCACUCAUCUCUCAUUUGAUGAGUGCUGAAGUUAGAAUUACUAGAGAGUAAGGAACUUACAUUUUGAUUGUUUGUCCAACUAGAGAACUCUCUUUGUAAUGUGUGGAUGCUGCACUCAAGGUAGGAAAAAAAUGUCCUAACAUAGUUGUGGGGGCAUUGGUUGGUGGAGAAAAUGCAAAUCAUGAAAAAGCUAGACUUAGAAAGGGAGUCACCAUAGUGGUUGGGACUCCUGGUAGAAUAUUAUAUCAUAUUCAAAACACUCAAAGUUUCAAAUACUUAAACAUUCACACUUUGGUCUUUGAAGAGUGCGAUAGAAUUUUAGAUAUGGGAUUUUAAAAGGACAUUGAAUAAUUGAUUGAAUUAUUCAGUGACAAAAUUGAUAUUCCAUCUUGUCAGAAAAUUAUGGUUUCAGCACAUGUCAAUCAAAAUAUCUGUCAAAUCAAAGGAUUAGAAAUUACACCCAAGAAUUAUAAAUUUGUUGGAUUCUCCAAAGAAUUCAUUAAAGGAACCAAAAACAAGGAUAUUCAAAUAAAUGAUGAGAAUUAAUAAUGUGAUUGGCUUGGAGAAGGUGAUCCAACAUGGUAAAUCCCAUCCACUCUCAAGUAAUAUUAUACUCUCAUUUAAGAACAUCAAAAAUUGGCAUUUCUUUUUGCCUACAUUCGUACUUAAAUUGGUAAGAAAACCAUAAUCUUUGUAUCCACCUGCGAUGAAGUUGAAUUUUAUUCCUUUCUUUUCUAAUAGGUUUAGUUUAAUAAUCCAUUCAAAAAAGAUUAACAAUAACAUAAAUAAGCAUUCAUAACACAAGAGGUCUAUAAAUUACAUGGGAACAUUGAAUAAUAACAGAGAUCUAAGACUUACUUCAAUUUCAAGAAAAGCAAAUAUUAAGAAGGAUGUGUUCUAAUUUCAACUUCAGUGGCUUCAAGAGGUCUUGAUUUCCCUGAUGUGACAAAUAUCUUAGUUUUUGAUCCUCCAGAUUCAUAUGAUGAUUAUGUCAAUAAAGUAGGAAGAACGGCAAGAAUUAAUAAAAAUGGUAUCAGUCUUAUGGUGCUCUUUGAAAAUCUUGAAUCACAACAAUUCAUAGAGGAAACCCAAUCUCAUUUAGCUGCACCUCUGAAUCUUAUUGAAUCAGCAGAAUACUUUAAAGCCUUCCAAUAUUAUCUAUUUGAAACAAAAAAGAUUCACGAUAAGAUGCCUGACAAAUUCCUGGCCUUAAUGAUCAAACAAAAAAUCAAAUAGGAUAAGGAUUAUUAAUUGCAAUCAAGAAGAGCUUAUGUAAGUUUCCUAAGAGCAUACGGUAGAUUGAAGAGCUUUAAGAUCAAGACUUUGAAUUUGCAUAACUUAUCCAAGUCCUUUGCUCUGGAAAAAGCAUUCUCUGAAGACACAAAGGAUGAAAGAUAUCAGAAAGACUUGAAGUUUAUCAACAGAGAGAAGUUCAGACAAAGAGAGGAUUAAGCCAAUGAAACCAGAUGGGAUAGAGAGAGAAAAAAGAGAAGAGUCAUGUCCUAGGCAGAAUUAAGUAAAAUGGAAUUCAUGUGA